AUCAGGACCGGGGCUGACCUGCAUUGGCUUUGCUGCGUCUAUUCCGCUUGGAUCUCUGAGCUCUACGCAUCUUUUUUUUUCCAUGCUCAAUAAAGAGUGAAACAUGUGCGUAUUGCCGGUAUAUGACACAGAUCUGGGGAGCGCAAUUAAACUAACCGAUUCAGUCGUAACCUACGUUCCCGCGAGACGAGAAGAGUUCACAAACUAAUCCGCAAAAUGAGGCGAUUUCUUUUUAUUUAUCUUUUGCUCGCUGGGAAUUUGCUUGUCUCUGGAUCUGAAUUGCAGGAGACGCCGAUUCUAGGAUGUAAUAACAGCCCAAGACUGCUGAUGAAAGAUACAAUCGGUGGUGGUGGAUGUGAGUAUCCAGUCUGUCAGAACCACAGUGUUUUCUUAUAUCAAGAGGACUCGGGGGAGCUGUAUGUCGGAGGGACGGACUUUGUGUUAAAACUCGUGUUAAACCUUGAUAUGGAUGAAUAUUGCAAAAUCGAGAAAUAUCCCCUGAAAACAACGGGGCAGCAGCAGUGUGGUGAGGGUCCUUGUAUAAAUGUCAUCACAGUGAUUGAGACGUUUCAGGACAGCCUGUUCAUAUGCGGGACAAAUGGACAGAGACCACAGUGCUGGAAACUUUUUCCUUCAGUGAACAACCAGUCGCAUGAAAUAGUGGAGAGUUACGAGGGGGCAGGCAUCUCUCCGUACGUCCACACUCAGAACUCCCUGUCACUCACAGUAGAUGGGGAUCUCUAUGCAGCAGCACCUUUGGACGUUGAUGGAAGUUCAUUGCAGUUCAGGAGAAAAGCUGGCAGCAGAACAAAUGUCUGGAUGUAUGACGGCUGGGUCUCAGAGCCCACGUUCAUCUCUGCAUCUUGGGUAAAGCGUGCACACGACCCUGACAAUGAGAAAAUUUACAUCUUUUUCCGGGAGAAGAACUCGGACCAGAGCCCAGAGGCCGAUCCUUGGAUAUCUAGGGUCGCCAGAGUUUGUAAGACGGAUGAAGGGGGAUCAAAAAAGUUCUUCCAGAACAUGUGGACGUCCUUCCUCAAGGCCCGGCUCGUUUGUGGUUUCCCAGAGGAGUCGGUGUAUUUCAACCGUCUCCAAGACAUCACAGUGGUGCAUGCAGAGGACUGGCACGACACCAGAGUCUACGGGCUUUUCACCAGCAGCUGGAACUCUACUGCAGUCUGCAUCUAUUCAGUUGGAAUGAUUGAAGAGAUAUUUGAGAAUUCGACUUUCAAAGGUUACGACAAGGAGAUCCCCAACCCAAGACCCGGAACAUGUGUAAGGAACAGCAAGAGUCUGCCACGGGCCACUGUCAGUAUGGUGAAGGAUUACCCAGAAAUGACUGACUGGGCUCACUCCCUGCAUUACACGGCUCCAUUUUAUGUAAGCAACAACAAUUACACCAAGAUAACCGUUGACCAAGUCCAAGCAGCUGACCAGCAAGUGUAUAACAUUCUGCUCCUGGCUACCGAUUCUGGGAAGAUCCAUAAAGUUUUAGAGGCUGGUUCGGAGCCUUUUAUCAUCUCUGAAACACACCUGGCCUCCGAUUCAAAUGUACAGGCAAUCAAACUUGACUCUAAACAGAAAAAGUUAAUUGUGGGUUUUUCUGAGAAAAUCUUCACCGUGGACCUCCAGAGGUGUGAACAGUACAAUGAGUCUUGUGCACAAUGUGUCCUGUCACGGGACCCAUACUGUGCAUGGACUAAAUCUGGAUGCACCCCGACUGCCCCUGGUGGAAUUCAAAAUAUCCUAGAUGGGCAAACAAAUGUGUGCCUUGCAACAGCAGAAGAGAAAAGGCCAGCGAUCCGACCCAAACGGGAGAUAGUUCUAAGUCUGGAGACAGUUCACUCAGUCCCCCAAGGUGUCCCCUUCUAUCUGUCGUGUCCCAUAGACUCCUACCACGCCGUGUACACCUGGGAGCACGGAGGCCGCAGCAGCCCGUGUCUGCAGAUGCACUCGGAUUGUCUGCACCUUAUUCCCUCUGUUGUACAUGAAAGCUAUGGAAACUACGAUUGUGUCUCGACAGAGAGAGACUACACUAAAGUCGUAAAAAAGUAUCAGCUUAGGGAGCCCAUAAUUCCAAAAGUAGAAAAAGAAACUGAGAGACACAUCAAUAAUUAUAUGAACAAUGUAGAAAAAGUCACUGAGAGAAACAUCAAUGUUUAUAAGAACAAUGCACCAGGACCUGUUCCACUGACAAUGUGGAUUCUGCUGCAAGCUGUAGCAGUGUGGGGAAUGUUCAGAUAGUGGGAGCAAAUAACAGCUUUGUAUUAGCUCUGUAGGCCUUUAUUGUUAUAUCAGACUUCCUACCCAUUCUUCAGGAAUGAGGCAAGUCCACCUCAUGUAACUCCGCCUCUAACAUCCCGCCCUGUCCUGAUAUGUACAGUACUUAUCUGGGCUGGUGUGAGCGUAACAAUGCUGGGCAUAGUACAAUAGUCUACAGGAACCUUUAAGGAUAUCUUUAAAUAGAUGCCAGAGCAGGAAGUUAAGGUGAUAGAUGACCAAAACAGCUAGUCCAGUCACCAGCAGAGCAUGGACUGACUGUCUGAGUGCUGCUGGUACCAAACUGUUAUUGCUUGGAUGCAUGAGCAUGUGGUCAGUGAAAAGCUUGAGCAUCAAGCAUUUAUGUUUUACCAAGUGACUGCAUAAUUGUCUUCAAAUGAAAGAAAAAGCUGUUGUAAGUAAUCCAAAUUGGAUUUAUUUUUUUUUUCGUAACGGUUUGGUUUGUGUGUGAAUGUAAUGUUCACAUAAACUUACAUCCUAAAAACAUGCACACAAAAGCAAUAACUGAAAAUAACACAAAACAGCAUCUACAGUUGCGUCCUGCAUGUGCUAAGGUCAUUUGCAAGGCCGGAAAAAUUAGAUCCUUUAUAGCUUUCCUCUUUGAACCCUCCAGCGUUCUGCUGACAUUUGAACAGCACCAGGUUGCUUUGUGAAGGCUGGGGGCAGAGAGGGGGCAGAGGGGCCUUGCCAGAGACUUCCUCUUGGUGGUGAAGAAAGGCGGUUAAAAAAAUGUGCAAUAUAAACACCCGGUUGCAGAGCACAUGUCAAGGUAACAGUUAAAAUAACAUGCAACAUGAAGGCCUUAUCCUCCCAUUGUACCUCCAUCACUAAACCUUUGAAUAAUGCCAGUUGAAGAGAAGCCCUUUCAACCCAUUUUAGCAAUUGCAAGUAAGUCUUGAAUGCUAAAAUGCAGGGCAUAGAUAGUAAAAUGUAAAACAAGCCAGGGAACCAGCACAGCAACAUGCAUUUCAAAAAGGCAGUGGACCUGAAAUGUUAUACUUGUUUUACCUCAAUCCAAAGUUUUUUCAUGUCUAAGAUAGUUAUUUUUUUAAAGUUGUUGUUGAAGUUGUCGUCUUCCUUUUCAAAGAUUUUGUGAUUUUUAUCUGGAGGUAUUUGAAAUGUAUUUAUUAGCAAUAAAUUCACUUGGUCACUUUAUUAGGUAAGCCUGGUUUAACUAAAAUUGGUAAGUGUUUGUAUAUACAUACAUUUACUAUUCAUGUACAGCCCUCUAAAAAGUUGUUAUGAAUGUAAAUGUAGCUAUAUUAGCAAAGUCGCAGCUUGUUUAAACCAAACAUUUAAUGUAAACCAUGUAAACCAAACAAGCUCGCUUUUUUCUCAUUAAAACCAUCCUAGGCUCGUUCUACAUGUGUGUGUAGGAAAAGAGAUUGGCUGCAGUCCAGGCCCAUCAACAAUUUAAAGCAUUUGGGGCCAUGGAGUAGUAACAUCUUUAAGCUUUUCCUUUGGUAAGAGCAGCCACAGUGGAUCCUUAUCGAUUUGGCCUAGGUUUUAUGUUGGAUGCCCUCCCUGACCUAACCUUCCCCAUUUAUCCAGGCUUGGGAUUAACACUUUGGCUGGGUCAAUGGGAGCAAUGUGAGGUCCGGUUUCCUGCACAGGGACACUUUGGCACUGGAGAGAGACAGCCAACGCUACCAACUACACCAAUGCCUCAACUGAAAGCCUGAACAUUUUGGUGUCAGGACCGUAACUACAGAUCUGUGUUCCAACACUGCUCAUAUCUACUGGUUAACCAAAGGGAUGUUGGUGCAUGCUAUCAAAUAAGCUCCCGCACAACUCUUCGGAAACAAAUUGCUGACAUCAGAUUCAGAGUGAGAAUAUUUAAAAAAAACAAAACAUUUUCAGCAUUUGAUAAGCUGACUUUGUCUAUUUUUAUUUUUCAAAUCAGUUCAUUCUAUUUCCUUUUAAUAGUGUUUAUUUUUGGUUCUUAUUUAUUGACAGUUUUGCUUAAAUGAUGAGCAAUAAAUCUAAUAUAAAAUAGCAGAUAUGACGUGUAUUUAUUAAAAGAAGAAAAAGUUAAAAGUGUACUUGUAAUCAGUAAGUAGCCUCAAGGAAGCCUUGCACCCUCAAGAGCAGGCUUCAUCAGCGUCGUCCCUUCCUUAAGUUGCAACACCUAACAAAGUAUGAGCAGCCUAAUCAGAGUAGAAGGCAGGGCUGUUAAGAUCUGAAGGCUAAUUUGGCUUUCCUGGAUCACACGUCUCCACCCUAAUGUUGGCUGAAUUAGUACAUCCUGUUUACUCUACUAACUACUGAGCGCUGGAGUAUUUUAUUUUAUUCUAUCUUAUUUUAUUUAUUUAUUCUGAAUACAUAGAUUACUCAGUGACGAACAAGUGUUGUGUCUAUGGCCACACCCUGCUGUGGCGUAUCAGUGGUGUAUCAGUCAUGAUGACGACUUUAUUUUAAAAAGAUUGAUUUCGUGCUGGUGUCUGGAAUACCAGACAUCUUCUGCUUGGCCGGAAGGUUGACCAAAUACCACAUUCUGUUUGUUGCUCCGGACGUGUUUGUUGAGCGCAUUGAGAAAGCACUCCAGAUCUGUGUUAGCUUUGCAGCCUGACUCAGGUCACUUUAAUAAAGAGACUUUGGGUUAAGCCGUAGCUGACUCAGACCUGACCCAACAUCUAAUUGUCUACUGGGAUAAGCUGCAUGACCUGUAGAUGGGUGGAUGCAAAAAUACCUUAUAAAGCAAUGGGUACUAUUAUGUCAUAUGGUUCCAGUCUACAACAAAUCUGUUGAUGAGUCAUUUCUAGAACCACCCAAAUCCAAGCACUCAGCUCAUGAUGCAGAGUGAAAACAAACAUGUGCUGAGAUGAGAGCUUGGACUUCCGACCUGAUACUGUACAGUUAAGCAUGACUGAUAGGAUUCUCUUUAAGGCUGCUUAAAGAUGCACAUGUAGUAUUCUCCAUCUCGCCCUGAGAGCGUGCUACAGAGUCUCAGCAGAGAUAUGGCGUCUCUGACCUUCUGACGUCUCUGUGUUCUGAUAUAAACGGACCUCGAUCCCUUCGGACGGUGCAUUUCCAGUUUCUCCCAUUGUGUAUCUUCAGGAGGGAAGGGCAAUUAAAGAAGCCGAAAUUGAGGGAUACUUUUGAAUGAAAACAAAAACAAACCAAACUUACAUUUGAAUUGAGAUUUUUCUGUUGUACAACACAAGUUAUAUAUUUAACAGUAUCCAUGUUCAAUACUGUGGCAGGGUGGAGAAGCAGCCACUCAGCUGAUGGGCACACCUGUGCCUAAUCAACCUCUCCAGCCUGCCUGCCUUCAUAAAGAGCGGCUGCACACCAGCAAGAGGUCUCUGCUGGGAGGAAGCUGCUGAGUCUGGCACGUGUCUUGGGUGCAAAUAAAGAUUUCCUCACGAAACCCUGUGUCCUCUGUCCUGUUGGGUGACUGGUAGCAUUAGCCUUGCUACAAAUACUUACCGGUACUUUACUUCCAGUCUUUCUUUCGACAGCAAAGCUGACAGUUGAACCUCAGUCUCUACUCGGAAAGUCCAAAACCAAGUCUCAAAUAAUACUUUCCAAGUUGUCUUUCUUUUUCUUUUUUGUUUUUUUUUAUUCAUAUAUCUUCAAUAUAUUUUGUUUCGAACAAGUUUCCUGCACAUUUUCUUCUUUUCAAUUUCACAAGCUUGUACAACAGCUUUUAGGUAACAACUAUUGCGCAUUUCUGGAUGCUGGACUCUUCUGUAUGUAACAGAAAAUGAUAAAAUAUAUUUUUUAAACAGCCUGUAUUGUUUCUGAAAACGUUGUCUGGU